AGACCCUGCCCUUUCUGUCCCAAGCCACUUUGGAUCCAUCCCUCCCUCUCCUAGACAGAGAGAGGGAGGGAUGUCCUUCCUGGAAUCUGAGAGGGAAAUUCCCCAACCAGGUGACGUCACACUUCCUCCUCCUCCUCCUCCUCUUGUUUUCAGACCAAGGCCAGAUCCAGCCAAGCAGCAGUUGCCUUUUCCCUUCCUUCUCUUCCUCGGUGGAAGGCAUUGCAGGACCUUCUCCUUGUCCUCACAAGACCUCAUCGGGUGCCAUGGGUCUCCCCAGCACGGCCAAUACAGAGGAGGGGUCUGCCAAGGUGACCCUGGAGGGCAGUGGCGACAAGAGUGGCCCCACCACCAUCCACAUCCACAUCAACCAGGAGUCCUGCCUGACCUCCUUUUGGAAGGCCGUGCAGCACAUCCGGCGCCCCUCGCCACCCAAGGAAACCGGGGUGACCGAGACCCCUUUGGCCCCCAAGGAUGGACCCAGGGCCAGGGCCGGAUGUGACGGAGAGCAGAAAGUGCUGGGGGGGGCCCAGAUCCUCCUUGGCGCAGUCUGCCUGGCCCUGGGCUUAGAGAUCCUGGCGGGCAUCCAUCAAGUGGACAUCUACGCCUACGUGCCCUUCUACAUCGUCCAGAAUGGAUGCGCCUUCUGGAUGGGGAGUGUGUUCAUCGUCGCAGGCAUCUUUUCUGUGGUGGGAGCCAGACGUGGGGGUUUCUGGGUCCCUGUGGCCACCUUCUUCAACCUGGCCAGUGUGGUGACCGGCUCCGUGGGUUUCGUGGUAACCCUGAACGAAAUCAGGUUCUUACAAGGCGAAUCCUGGUAUAUUACUGACACUAUGUGCCAGAACCUGGAGAGAAGACCCCAAGGAUGGCCGGAGGUGACUCAGAGCUACAUCCCCAAAGAGGACAGUAGCAAGUGCAAGGCGUUUGUGGGAUCAUUCAUGAUGUUCAACGUUGGAGUGCGGAUCAUUCUCCUCGUCUUUGCCGGUGUUGCCAUUCUGAUUUCCCUGUUCGGCCUGGGAUACGGCCUCCGGCUCCUGUGCCGCCGCUUCUGGGCCAAGGUGGAUUACUACAGUGCCCUUGAGGAGCAGGAAACACCCCCUCCCUGUGGCAACGCCGAAGAUCCCGAGAGAGGGGGGGACGCUGCCUGAGCCGCAACCCAUGUGCUCCCUCUUCUUUCUGUGCCUAUGCCUUAAUUAUAUUGAUGGCCUUUCUGUGCAAAUUAUAGUGGGGCGCUGUGUAGUUGUAAGCACGUGCAAUGCCAAUAUCCAAUGUAUCAAUUUCUUCCUAUUUAGUGGGAAACCCCAUGUGCCCUUCCUCUCCUGUGCAAAUGCCUUAAUUAUAUUGAUGGCUUCUCCGUGCAAAUUAUGAUGGGACAUAUUAUGAUACGAGUUAACUUCACACUCGCACAGCCUCAGCGCGUUCCAGCAGCUUUCCUCCUGCUCAGCACUUUUCAGUCUUCUGCUUCCACAGUAGACACUUGAGCACAUGCCCAGCCAUUAUCAGUUUUUACCAUUGUCUUUCCCCCAGUCUAGAUAUUACAGACUCACCAUAGUACGCAGUAUCUUGUCCAAGUAGACAGGUUCUUUUAUAGUCUUUGACGAAUAACAUCACAACAGCACAACAGCACAACAUCAAGGGGGGAGUAUACAUUGUACAUGGUUUCCUUAUAUACAAUACAUUUACAAUACAUUUACACAUAGUAAUCCUUGAUUGGUUACCAACUAAUUGACCCAACCCAAACUCAGGAUUGCAUCAUUGACAAUCACUCUGAGUGUUGGGGUUCAGCCUGAGUUUGAACUUGAACCUGAUUCUCUGUUUGUUCCUCCUGAUGCUAAUGAAAGUAUAUUUACUGAUGCUAGUGGAAAUGUACCUUUUGAUGCCAAUGCUCCUGAAAUUAGUGAGGAAGGAACUUCUGUAGAUUUGGAAAAUGAAAGUACCAGUGUUCCUGAGAAUGUUUCAGAGGGAGACCUUGAACUUUCCCUCCCUUCUGCACCUGUUAACUGUAAUGACAACAGAAGGGGCCAAAUUUGGGAAGACAGAAGUAAAUCACUCAGUUUGCGUCGAUCCUCCCGAAUUCAAGAAUUAAAAACAUUGGCUUCAAAAAGAAGGGCGGUUCACGGAACCAAUUCUUGAGUUUUAAUUGCCUUACGCCGGGCUGACUGUCUCAGUUCAGGCAUCGUUUCAGAAUUGAUGAAGACCUUGGCAGUUCUCCCGGUUCCCUGGCCAUAGUUUGGGAAGAUUUCUAGGAUAUCAAGUACGGUUAGUGGAUUGCUAACAGGUUCCAGUAUUUCCCAGUGAGGCUUUUGGUUUUGCUUUGUCCAUUUAAAUUCAUGUUUGCUGAUUUUGCUGUGGCUUUUGACUUGCAUUUUUCCUUUAUUUUGUAACCAUUUUUCUUCAAUAAAAAAGGAUUGUUUUUCACA